AUGCGUGGCUUGUUGUAUAUUGACAUCUCUUAUAAUGAGUUGCAGGGUCCUAUUCCUGAUAGCAAAACAUUUAAAGAUGCUCCAUUUGAGGCAGUAGAAGGGAACAAAGGCUUGUGUGGUGAUGUUAGAGGACUACAGUCAUGCAAACUCUCCUCUACUCAUAUCUCAAAAGGAUCCCACAAAGUCGUAAUUUAUAUCAUUUACCCUCUUUUAGGAGCACUUUCACUUCUGCUUGCUUUCUUUGGAAUUUCCUUGAUUUUGAAAAGAAGAAAAAAAGAGUGGCAAACAAAACAAAGCGAUGUGAAUAACAAAGAAUUGCUUAUGAUAUCAACCUUUGAUGGAAAAAUAUUGUAUGAAGAAAUCAUAAGAGUAACUAAUGAUUUUGAUGCCAUACAUUGUAUUGGGGAAGGAGGAAAUGGAAGCGUCUGCAAAGCAAAACUUCCAUCGGGUGAUGUUGUAGCUGUGAAGAAGCUUCACUCAUCACCACCUGAUGAUGCGACGACUUAUCCCAAGGAGUUUUUGAAUGAGAUAAGGGCAUCGACAGAGAUAAGACAUCGAAAUAUUGUGAAACUUUAUGGUUUCUGUUCACAUCCACGACACUCAUUUCUAAUUUACAAUGUGUCUCACGCCUUGUGUUACACGCACCAUGACAUCUCCCCGCCAAUUAUUCAUCGAGACAUAUCAAGCAAUAACAUUUUGCUUGAUGGAGAAUAUGAGGCGCAUAUUUCAGACUUUGGCACUGCAAAACUUCUAAAGCCAGAUUCAUCUAAUUGGACUGCCCUUGCAGGAACAUACGGAUAUAUAGCACCAGAACUUGCUUACACAAUGGAGGUGACUGAGAAAUGUGAAGUAUAUAGCUUUGGAGUGUUAACGCUAGAAGUGAUCAAAGGAGAGCAUCCGGGUGAUUUCAUUUCUCGUCUAUUGUCUCCAUCAGUUAUGGAAGAAGUAGAGCUGAAAGAUGUAUUGGACCAGCGCCUUGCACCUCCCCCGAGUCAUUUUGAGGAUGAAUUGAUAAACAUCUUAAAGUUUGCAAGUGCUUGCUUGAAUGCCAAUCCACAAUCUAGGCCAACCAUGCAAGUGAUUUCUCAGAGAUUAUAAACCCACAGUGCCUCCUAUAAGGCAUUGAACCUUCAGUCACGCUAGGAUUAGUAAAUAACAUGUAAAGGCCCAA